ACCAGCUCAUCUUCUGCCCUCACUGUUACCUCGUCCUCUUAUGGCAGCGCUGCCACCUGCACAGACAGUUUCUCAAUCUGCUGCACAGCCUGAUCCUCUUCCUUCAAAGCCUCAGCCUGUAUACACAGACACACACCUCAGAGACCAUCAUGAAGGAACUGGUGGCUGAAGUGAUGGAGGAAGUCCUCCGACAAGUGGCUGUAACCAUGUUCAGUGCAGAAAGGGAGCGUGUGAAGGAGGAAAGGCGCAAAGUGGAGGAAGAGAGGCAAAGGCAGGAAAGAGAACAGUUAAUCAAGCAGUUGAGUCAGUUGAUGAGUAUGGAGCUAAUGGAAGAAGUAAUAAAUGAGACUGUUCAAGAGGCUUCAGCCAAUGAAUUAAAAUGUGCCUUAGAAAGAGACCAGCAAGCCCGCAUUGCCCGGUGUUCAGAAGAAGUCUGUGGUCAUGUCAUGGAUCUCUUCCUGGAGGAUGAGAUUUUCCAGAUUGCAAAGGAAACCAUUCAGGAGCUCCAGUGUUUCUGCAAGUAUUUGCAAAGGUGGAGGGAGGCAGCUGCAGCUCGAGCAAAGCUGAAACGUCAAAUGGGGGCGUUUCCAGCUGCUCCAUGCUGCAUGGAUCCAAAAAAUAAACUGAAAGCCCUGUCCCCCAGUGCUGAGUGGCCUAUAACCAUGGAGAACUUAUGCAAGAGGAUUGUAGACAUGGGGAAUGGAGGAAAGUUGGGAGUCUCUUGCACGAGAUUGAAUUGGCUGAGAAACAAGACAGUGCAUGAAAUCAAAGUUCAGCACUUCUAUCAGCAGUUGUUAAGUGAUUUAGCAUGGACUCCCCUGGAUCUUGCUUCACUAAUUGCUGAACAUAUUCCAAUUCAACAAGAACAGGUUUUUUGGAAGGUGCUAUUGGUUUUGCCAAAUGAUGAUGAGUAUGCAGAGGAUGACCCCAGUAGGGUAUUGAUAGAUUGGUUGAAGGCCAAAUUCAUGAAACACAAAAGCUGGAAGAAGAAUGCUUCAUGUGCAGAAGUUAGAAUUCAAACACUGACAUUGUUUAAUUCUUCUGGUGUACAAGGGAGCAGAAACAUCAAAGUCAGCGUGUGCAUUAAGGUGGUACAUGGUGUACUCUCUGUCUCUGAGCUUGAUGCAUCCAAUACGCAAAAAGCCUUACUUGGAACCAGUGGUCUCAUUCUUCUCCUGCCCCCUCGAGUUAGAAGUGAAGAUGUUGCAGAAGAAGAUGUUUAUUGGCUUUCAGCUUUGCUGCAGUUGAAACAGUUACUUCAGGUUAAACCUUUCCACCCAGUAGUUCCACUUCUGGUUCUAGUCCCCAGUCAGGAAGAGGAGGCCACAGAGAAAGAAGUUGAAGAAGGUUUAAUGCUGCAGGACUUGAUUUCAGCCCAGCUUAUUUCAGACUACAUCAUUGUUGAGCUACCAGGUUCUAUCAAUGACUUAGAAGGCACCAGAAGGAUCUCUGCAGCUGUGAGCUGGUUGGUAUCCCGGUGCCCAAACUCCCUUGAGCUCUGCAGUCAGACCCUUCAGGAUUACAUUGAGGAUGGCAUCGAUGGUGAAUUUGGCAAGCGCUUCUACCAUGACUGGAGGGAGAGACGUUUAGCUGGCCUGCCAUCUCAGGAGCCUGGGGUCAUCAUAGAGCUGUACAACAGUGUGCUUCAGUUUCUUUCAGAGGUGGCAUCCUCAGAGCAUCUUUGUGACUUGUCUUGGCCUGUUACUGAAUUUUCAGAGCCUGGGGGUAACAAGCUGUUGCCCCACCUGCACUGGAACGUGCCUGAUCACCUUGCUUGGCUGAAAAAGGCUGUGCUGUCCUUCCAAAUCCCCUACCUAGAUCUGCCUCCAUUAGGUGCUCCUUGGCGUCCUGUUUGCCGCAUGAUUUUUCAGUAUGUAUCUCAGAUUGCUAGUUCUUCCCAUACUCAACCUCUGAUCCAGUCUCAAGUGGAGAAUCUGCUGAGCAAAACGUACCAGAAGUGGAAAAAUGGGCCAUUGGGGAACUCUGGUGAUGGACCUUCUGUUGAUGAGAUCCCUUGGGAUGGUAUCCUGGCAACAUGCAUUGAUCAUAAGCUGAGAGACUGGAAACCACCCAAACUGCCUGUUGCACCAGAAGCAGUAAGUGAAGAUGGCCAGAUUCGUGUGUAUUUCUUCAAGGAACAUUUAAAGAACUUCACUCUCCCUUUUUCAUGGGAACAAGCCAGGUUACGUACACAGGAGGAGAUCCGUCAGGGCCACAAGAGGUCAAGGGUAAAAUCUCCUGUCUCUUUUAAGAAACCCUGUAGAGUGUCCAUGUCAGAUCAAUAUGGUGCUGGUGUGAGCAUACUGUCAGGGCAAGGAAGGAACGUUUCCAGUGCAGAUGGACUCACAGCCUCAGCCCAGGACCUCCCAGAGCACCUGUUAACUCAGUUGCAACUGGAAAAAAUGGAAAGCAGGAGGUUUGAAGAACAGUUGCACCAAUAUCUAGCUGAGGACAUUGAGCCCCUUGUUGACCUCGUGGGCUUUCCUCUUUACCUUCCCCAAUCCCUGGUCUCCACUCCAACUAUUGCUGGUCCGUUGAUCAAGAGUCCUAUGCCAUCUGUUCAAGAGGAUGGGAGUCAGGCGAGAUUAGAGCUGUCGAUGGAUGGCCAAAGCUCUGCUCUGUCGGACAGACUGAAGCAUUUGCAAAGGCUCCUCAGAGCCAACAAGGAGGGUGAAGUUGCUUCUGAGCUCCACCUCUCUGCUUUGAGGGACAUGGUGGAUAUUUGAGCAGAACUAAACCACAGGUGCAGAUCAAGAGACUUGGUGAAGAAAUCCAGGUCUGGAUGAUUCAAAACAGGAACUUCUGUGGCAUGCUGCAGAAAAAGCGAAUGGCCUGGGAGAAAACCAAAGCAGAUGUUGGGCCUGGGCUGCUCUUGUGUGACUGCCUUGUAGAGAUGAUGUGCUGGAGCUCACUAUGUCGCUUUGGCUCUCUGCUGAGAUUUGAAGUUGACAUGUUUCAUGAAUGUGGAGACUAGUCAAAUGCUGCUCUAGGAAGCCUUAAAUUGAUAUAGUAUAACUUUUCUUUCUACCAACGCUCAUGUUGACUGUGUUGGUUUGUGCAGAGUCCUGCUGAUGCUCUCCUUGCACCUAAUUCUUGUUCUUUCCCCUGCCUCCAUAACUUUGUACCGUGCUGAGGAAUGCUGUUCCAGAGCCAGUAUUUUUUGUAACGACUGGAAUUCAGUUUCUGUAGAAAUGUGGGUAAGGCUACUGUUAUUGGGAGGAGUUAGAGAAUCACUCUGUGGGCAGUGUGUGAGUAAAUAUAACUUCACCAAGAGAAAACAAUCAGAUAGCAAGGAGCAUCAGAACAAUUGGUCUCCACAGAUGCAGUCCUCAGGAUGCAGUCCCAGCUCCCUGCUGUCUUGAUUCAGAGGCUACCUUGCAGCAGCACCUUGGUUUGAUAUGUUGUUUUCUUUUUUUCUGCUCAGAAAUGUCAAUACUCAUUAUCAAGUAGUUACAACACUUUGCUGUUUUUUUUUUUUUUUACUUAAGUGCUCUAUGCAAAUUCAGAUGGAUUUUUGGGUUGCUGGGCCCAAGUUUUGUCCUGUUGAAUACAUACAGCAUUAAAACAAACCUGUUACUUCAAAGUAAUUGUCAUGCUGGAAAAGCAGGACGUUUUCUUCGGUAAACAGCUGUGUUAGAAAGAUUUUCCUUUUUUUGGCAGAGCAGACUACCUGUACUCUCCAGUUUCUAUAAGGCUGUGGCUUUGAAAACUGAAGACCUCUUGUUUUAAAUUUAAUGUUGAUUACUUGUUAGAGAGAAGAUGUACUGGAGUACUGCAGCCAUCAACUACAAGUAACCUUUCUCUUUUUUCAGUUAAAACAGCAGCAGAUGUUUCUUGGACUGUUCUGCCUGGUGAAAUACAAUUAUUGCAGCUUGGGCAGUAAACAUUUGUUUGCCAGUCAGAGAUACUGGGCGGACUUGCUUCUCAUUUCGUCUGAAAUUCAGUCCAAAUCUAAAACUAAUUUUGGAAGGCAGGUGAUAAAUACAUUAAUUUUUCUAUGGUUUCAUCUUAAACAUGGAAUAGCAGUAGUGACUUAAACUGAAGCACUUGUGCUUUGAGCUGUUCAUACUCAGUAUUCUGAGUUAAGCUGAGCUUUGUGACGUCGGCAUGCAUCAGCCACGUGUUACAAAGCCGCUGUGCUGUGCUCUGUGCCUGCUGCUCCUAGAGACUCCAUUAAGCCAGAGUUCAACUGCUACAGCCUCAGUGUUCUGGGCUGUUUCAUACCAUCUUCGUUGUUUCAUGUAAAUGUUUUUUGUAUCUAAUAAAUAUUUUUUGUUGGUGGAAUUUA